GUGACAGUGCUCAGAGAACCUCACAGUGGCAGUGGUGCCCCAGACACAGACUUCCCCUUCUUUCCUUGGGGAGGCCAGUAUCAGGGCUACCGUCAACUCCCAUGGCCAAGGCCACUUUCUACGCCACAAUGAGAAAGGAUAUUUUCCUGGACAGUCCAAAGGCACAGCAGCCACCUCGAAAUUUCCAGAAAGCCCAUUUUGCAAAUUCACUCCGUUUUACUACAUCUGGGUCCAUGACAUAUCCCCGUGAUGGAGUCCACAGCCCAAGGACGGACUGAGAAAACUUUUAGCUAUGUUGUCAGAGCCCCCGCCAGCGAUGGCUUUGACGUGGUGAAUGUUGAUGUGAAGAUCGACACAUGCUGGGUAUUCCAGGAUGUGGAGGAGAGCGGCGAGGAGCAGGGCUGUGUCCCGCAAGGAGUAGCCAGCAUCCCAGAUGUGGACGCAGGGCAGCUCAGGGAGCAGCGGGAAUCCUCCGCGGAGCAGAAGCUAUUGGCGGCUGUGGACAAGUACAUGAUGUCGGAGUCAGGGCUGAGGAGCAGGGUGCAGGAGCUGCAGCUGUCGGAGAGGAGACUUCUCCAGAAGGUGGACCAGCUGAGCACCCGCGUAGCCCAGGAACGACACACCUCACUCCGCGCUCAGGAGCAGCUGCGGGUCCUGAAGGGGGAGCUGGCCAGCCGGGGGGUCCUGGACAGUGCUCAGGGUGACUCCCCUUCCUGGUCCAGAGUGGAGGCAAUGGAAGCCUGCGGAAGUCAAAGCCACCUCAGUGCUGCCUGCAGAGUUCAGGCCUCAGCAGACCGGCUCUCCAAAGGUCUCUGCAACAGCACUGGAGACGGACCGUGUAACACCUCAGGGACCACGGGCGAGCUCCGGGGAGUGGCAGGCUCUGAGCAUGGGCAGGGCGAGUCCUCCCAGGAUGGACAGGUUCUCCUGCCGCGUGGCUGUCCCCAGGGCCAGUGCAUGGAAGAGCGGCUCUUCUCCUUGCCCCUGGUGAGGGCUCCAGAGAGUCUCACGGCCACUCCAGUCCAGGAGCCCUUCCUCCUGGCACAGAAGUCCAUGCUCCCACUCUGGCGACCUGCUGGGGAAUGUGAGCCCUUGCUGCCAAUACUGCUUCAAGAGCCUCCCCACCAGGAACUCCAGACCAGAGUGGCACAGGAGGGUAGGCCCCAGCACAGCCCCGGGGCCACAGCAUGCCCUGGCUGGGGUCAUUACUGGACAAGAAGCUGUGACCUCUCUCCUACUCAGGUGUCCCCAAACAUGUUAAAUGGCCCCUUUUCCAGGAAUGGGCCCAAGGGUCCAAGAGACAUGUGGAAAACGAGAAGUGAGGGUCUGGCUGCAAGAGAAGAGGAGAGGGGAGUGAGGGGGACUUUGAGCAUGAUGGAGGGAGAGUUCCGUGACCAGUGCCAGCCAGGUCAGGAGAGCAGUGAGAAUCCGAGCUUGGCGCCUGGGACCCAAACCCCGGAGGGCAUGCAGGAGGACAGUGGGGCUUUGGACACCCCAGCCACUGCCUGUUACCCUUGGCCCCUGCCACAGUUUCCAGUGCUGUCUCUGCAGGGGAUGGCUUCUGGUUCACAGGAAGUCCUUGAGUCCCUGAGCAGGAGGGAGCGGGUGGAUGUAUGUAGCUGGGGCCUCCUAUCAUCAGAGGAGGAAGCAGUUCCCAUUGCCCUCAGCUCUAGGGACCAUAGGAUCAGAGAGCCAUGGUCAAACCCUGGCCAGUUCCCAGCAGGAAAGGGCCAAGAUAUCUUAAGGAGGGCUCAGGGCAAGCCAUGCUUUGUGGAUGGUCUGCUUCUGCAGAAGGAACACUCUGGGGAUGAUGGAGCUAACAUGGAGCGUGGAGGAGUGUCUAGCCUAGAGCAGCCUGACAGUAAGGCACACACAGACCAGGGAAGGCUUUUCAUAGCAAGAGAGCAAGAUGUGUCGCAGUUUCCCAAAUGGCCCACAGCAAGUGCCAGGGAUGAGGCUCCCUUGCCCCCAGGAACUCUGAGCAUAGGGCAGUGCAGGCAUGGCCCCCAAACAGAUCAACUGGAGAGGGAGGUGGAGGUGUACUUCUGGCAGCUGAGCACCCUGAAGCUUGGUGGUGAGGGUUGCCAGCAGGUGCCCUCCUUGGGGGGAGAGAGCUGGAACUUAGUCCUCCCAGGGUGGGGCAGUGAGGAAGACGUAUGUCCUCAGCAGGCCUUAUCCAGCCAGUGUCCUGAUGCUUGUUCUGCUGAGGAUGCAGAGCCCAGGAAUGGUGGUGAAGGAGUUGGACUGGAAGAAAAUAUGGCCCCGGACCCAGGCAGAGUUCUUCCAGAGGCAUCCCCUGAUGGGGACACAGCUGGUUGGGGCUCUACAAAGCUUGGCAGGAGCCAGAUCUUCUCUCCAUGGGGUGCCGAGAGGACAAGGGACAGCUUCCAUCAACUCCUCGCUGUCCUGAGGAAAGAGAGAAAUCAGCUCCUGUGUGACAAUGCCAGGCUUCAGGGAGACCAAGAGAAAUACCACCGUGAAGUGUGUCUUCUUGAAAAAGAGCGCGUGAGAGAAGCGGCAGAAACACAGAGACUGGAGCAGAUGAACUGCACGUUGCAAGGCGAGCUGGGCCGCAUCCGGCAGGAGCUCCACCAGUGCCUGCAGACCCUCUCAGCGCUGGAGGACUGCAACGGGCGCAGCUACGGCAGGAUCUCCGAGCUGGAAGAGGAGAACGAGCGACUGAAGGCCGACCUGCAGCAGCUGCAGACCGCCCUGUCUGAAAGCGUCAGGCAAGACCGAGGCGGGAUGGAGCACGUUGCUGUGGAGAACAGGGAGCUCAGAGCCCUGAUUUCUGAGGUCGGCGUCAGUUACAAGGAGCUGAUCAAAGACACAGUGCUGAGCAUAGGAGACAUGGUCCAGGCCCUGCAGGAAGAGAACCGGCAUCUUCUUUGCAGGGUCCAAGGCUUGGAGCAGGAAGUCACCUUGCAGAUUAACAAGGAUAGGGAGAGCUGGGGAGAAGGGCAGCACCCCCAGGAAGACACCAAGAUGGCAGGGGACAAGGGAUGCACUGCAGACAAGGAGGUCCAGGUGACCACGCCUUUGGAGCGACUGAUCUCAACAGCCAGCGGGCCGCCCUUGGAUGAGGAAGCAGGUUUGGUUGGGGGGCAGAGGGAACCUUCCUCGGACUUGGACUCCAGAUGCAGGGCUGAUGCUACCAGUCUGUCACUGGCCCAGAGAGAAGCUGGAAUACCUCAGGACCUGCAAGAACACACCAAUGCAGGAGGCAAAGCCUCUCGGCUGAAACCUGAGAACAAACCACAACCACGGAACUUCCUGGAACCAGCUCAGGCCCUGCGAUCCCUGAGCCAUGGUCCCCAGCUCCAGGACGGUGAGGCCAGAGCCACCGAGGAGGAUGCCAGCCUGUGUGUGCAGCGACUCCGUCACCAGGUGCGGACCCUGCAGUGCCAGCUCAGGGACCAGGGCUCAGCACUCUGGCAGCUGCAGGCUGCUCGGGACAAGGCUGUGGGCCUCCAGGAUGAGCUCAAAGGCAAGCUUGAAGAACUUCGGGAACAGCAACAUGAAGCGCGUCUGGCCAUGAGUCCUUUGAAGGCAAAACUGGCUUCUCUGGUCCGCAAGUGCCAGGAGAGGAACCACCUGAUCAUGCACCUGCUGUGGGAGAUGCAGAGGCAUGGGUUUGGGAACCUCCUGCUCUCCAGAUGGGCACAGAACAUGCUCAACGAUGUGGCACUGGCUGAGUAUGCUGCUACCUUCCUGGGCCCUGGAGCCCCAGAGACAAGCUACAAGCUGGACAUGGGCCCUGAGGAGACAGCAGCCAGAGGAGCUCAGGAAUACCUGGUGGAUUCUGAAGUAGACAACGCCAUGCAAAGCCCUUUGGUUGCGUCCUGGCCUCUUCCAGAGGUUGAGGGGACGGCAUGGGCCACUUGGCUGGAUUCCCUGAAGGACAGAAGACAGUCUGGUCAGGCAUAUGCUACUGGAAAAGGUGAAUGUCCCUCACAAGUGACCAAUGGAACAAGUGGCCAGUGAUUUGCAGUCCCUUCAGAGAGCAGAGUGACAAGCCAGAUGACCCCCUUCCCAGUUCAAGUUACCAUGGGGAAUUCUUUUUCCUAUAGACCAGCUGGGAAUAGGAAGAAGCCUGCAUUGACCUUCCCAGAGUGAUACCAGGAACCCAGGACUGGGCUACUCAGUGUCCAUGGCACAGAUGACUCAGAUUCUUUGACUAGCCCCUUCAUCUGUUUGAAGGUCUUCCUGCCAACCUGGAAGUUGUUCAUGGCAUCCCUAUGGCUGGGAAGGUGCUCUAAUUCUGCAAGCUCUGUCCCGUGCACCAGGGGUCUGGCGGUGCUUGUGAAACUUGAGUCUCUCUUCUCUUGGUCACUCCUGCUGUUGAGCAGGAGCUCUGUGGCCUUCAGCAGGCUCUGUGUGGCAAUUGUUGGUGCCCACUGCAGUGGGUGAUGGGUCUGCAGCCGGUGGUUCCAAAAUGACGCUGGUGAUAGUCCGGAUGUUGCGGGGCUUCUGCAAAAGUUUGGGUUGAAUUGAGUCCUACCUGUGCUGGAAACUGCCUCACAAGAGGUCCCCAGAUUGUCAUUGGUUUCUCAAAGGAAACUGAGAAUCCAGAUUCUCCUCAACCCGCCCGCCCCCCCCCCCACACACGCCAGUGUCAAGCGCUCAUAGUCCAGGGGCAAAGGACUCUGUCAAGGGAUCCAAACAUUGAACUCUGUCCCUAACUUGUUGGUGACUGCCAGCUGUUCCUUGGCUUCACCUGCCUCAGUUCUUCCUCUCUGUGUUGGGUGCAACGACGUGCUUUUCAAGCUCCUGACAGCUGUGUGUCUGCAGCUCUUCCCAGCAGCCUGACCCAGAUUACCACUCUGUUUGCUGGGUUCCUGCCAAGGAGAAAACGCUGGCUCAGUGAGAAGGCUCCAAGCCUGACCAUUUUGUUGGAUACAGAAGAAAAGAGCUCUUUUUUUCCCCCAAACAAGGCCACUUCAAGCAACUUGUGUCCACCACCUGCUCCCUAGAUAGUUGCCACACUCCAAAGUGUGCCACACAGCAGCCUGCUCCCCGGCUCCUGCCCCAUUGCUGUGCUCUGGCCAAAGAGCCGUGUUCCCUCAGGUGCCUUCCCCUGUAAGCGCAGCGUGGUGACGCUGGCUAACUAGGAACGCCAGGGGCCAGCAGGGCAGGUUGAAAUGUGAGCAUCCUUGGUGCAGUGGAGACUGGCUGCUCAGGGAAACCUCUGUGAGCAAGCUUCCUAGCCCUGCUGCUGCAAGCCUGGGAGGGCAGUGGGAGGCAGAGAUGAUGUCAGUAUAUAUGUCUUAGACAGGGGCAAAAUCUGGGGCUGUGGCUGGUGAAGGGUGACAGGUAGGUGUGAUAAACUCAUGUGCCAGAACUUAGAGCAUCUCUAGAACACAGCAGGACACAGGCUGCCCUUGGGGGAACCUAAGCCACAGGCAUGUCCUUGUGAUGCACCUGUUCUGUUUAGUCAUGGUAGAGUGCAGAGAGCAUCAGCUCAGCACCUCGCCCAUCUCAUGUGUCCAGCUCUUCCUGGCCACAUUUGCAGUGCUGUGCAGCCAUCCUUCCAUACACCUCUGGUGCACUUCUAUCUUCCCAACAGACAGCACACCCCACCUCCCGAAACACCAGGUGCCCUCCACAGUCCCCCGGAGAACUCCAUUAUCUCUUUUAUGAAUUUUAUUGCUCCAGGGACCUCAUAUAAAUAGCAUCAUAUCAUGUUUGUCCUUCUGUGACAACUCCAAGGCUCAUCCAUGUUGAAGCAUGUGUAAGAAUGUCCUUGAUGGGCUAAUGCUGCCUAACUCCUCCCUAUGUGUACUGACCACAUUUGUCUAUCCAGACACUGAACAAUGAUAUUUGAAUCACUCCCACCUUUUUGCUAUUGUGAAUAAUGCUGCUAUGAAUGUAGAUGUGCAAAUACCUCUGUUGUAUUUUUUAAUAUUGGAAUUAGUGAGCAACACAUAAAAUAUGAGAGAUUUCUUAUCAAAUCCAGAUGUCAGGUUUCUCUUGGGAAACUAGUGAAUCUGGCAACUUUAGACAUCCAUAUCUAGUCCACAGUCACACCACCUUGAGCACACCUGAUCUCUCCUGGAUGCCCAACUUACUGGCCACAGUGGGAGCUGCACAAGGACAGUCUGCUGCUCCCAUUGGCAGACACCCAGCCGACCUGAUGGGCCUUGGAAUGCUAACACCUUGUCGUUAGCCUUGGCUAUCACUUGGCUGUGAUUCUGUGACACGUGGCCUCUCAGCACCUGCAUUGGUGGUGACAGUGACAGUAUCAGAGAGGGAUCUAGCCCAGGCCCGCAUCCCAGGCAGGAAGUGAUGCCGUGACGCCACUAUACCUCAGGACUGCCCCCACCCUUCCCACGUUCUCUCAGCUCUGUGGUCACCUGUCCCAGAGGACAAAGCAAACCCGGAACUUUCUGAGCCUCAGCUCCCUCCCAUGGUGGCCCAGGAGAAGGGGCAUCUCUCCCAGCAUAGUGCCCUUGAGGAGACCCAGUGACGAUGGAAGAGGAGGUGUGCAGGGAUUAGGUGUGAGGGCUCUGCUCCUCCUCUGUGAAGUGGAUAAGGGGGCCCAGGGUUAGUCCCAGGACCCCUGAGGCCAGGCAGACUGAUUUCAAACUAGCCCUCAGGGCAUUGGGGGAGGGGACAGCACCUUUGCUAUCUGCAAAGUCCUCUGCUGCUAGUAUCAUCCUCACUGGCACCAGGAGCAAUGAGAACUGGAAGGUGCUUGGCACAUAGCGGAGGACGGGUGCAAUCUGGUUUCCAAGCAGAAGUCUGCCUCCUAGUUGCAAAUGGUGGCAAGUUGCCCAAGUACUUCCCCCACAAAGUGGGUGUGUGCCUUCCAGCUUCUGGCUGGCUCACCUCAGGGCUCAUAAGUGCUUUGGGGUAAUGGAUUGACACAUUCAUUCAUUCGUUCAUUGUUUUUAGAGAGAGACAGAAACAGAAUUGGUAUUCCGGGGCCUCAGCCACUGCAAUUGAACUUCAGAUGCUCGCACCACCUAGUGGGCAUGUGCAACCU